AUGUCCGGUCAUCACGAUGUCUUGCUUUCUCCCUUAGACCAAUUGAUGCCCCGUGUUUACACUCGGAUCUUUCUCAUUUUUAAGACAUAUACAGCCAGCUUGGCCAUCGAUGCCUUUAAGAGGGGAUUGGGAAAGACCUGCGCGCAUAUAAGUUAUCUUAAGGGAUAUGUAUAUCAACCAGCAAAUCAGAGAGGCCACCUCGCCGUUGCCUGGUCGGAUAAUCUUCCUACCCCGGAAGUUUCUCACAAGGUUCGGCUUGAUCUAUCCUACGAGGUCAUGAUAUCGCGUGGAAUUUCGCUUUCGACCUUCAAGGAUGACCUCUGUCCCGUCAGGAGUGCGAGUGAUCAUUCCACCCCGGGUAAGAAGAAUCCAGUACUAGCUGCAAGCGUGGGAGAACUUGAAGGAGGAAUCUUCCUAAGUAUUGCCGUCCAUCACAACGUCAUGGACGGGGUCGGUUUCGGCGACUUGUUGGAUUUGAUUGCUCAGAAUACGAAGGGUGUCCAGAGAGCCUCAGCGACGCUCUUGGACCCAGAUGAACCACUCUACAGAGAGCCUCGACUUCGCCAAGCCUUGGACUCUGGCAAGGAGCUCCAUCAUCAGGACGUGGAUACUGAUCUGAAAUCACUUCUCGCCAAUCACCCAGAAUACACCAUGACUCCUCCCUCCAUGCCAAGCCAAUUUCCAGCCUGUACGUCAAAGUUACUGAUAGUAACCCUUGAGAAGAUUGAGGCAACCAAGCAAACUUUGACAGGCUCGAUGCCUUUUCUUACAACGAACAUGAUUGUAAGCUCUUUGCUGUGGUCGUGCAUCACUCGAGUUCGUUGUGCGCGUGCUGGCACCAAUGCCAUCCAGAAGAGCCGGCUCGGGAUGGCCGUCAACGGGCGUCAACGCCUUGGGGCUGGCUUCGCCAACAAGAACUAUCUAAGCAACGUUAACAUGUACGCCCUCACGGAACUACAGGUUAACAAGGUCACAUCUUGCGCAGCCACCCAAGAAAUCUCAGGUGCCAUCCCCCCCAGGGAAAUGAUCGAGGUUUUCGAAGCCGUGGCGGCAUCUACAUCGUCAGACCGGAUUUCAAGUCGGCAUGUAGGUGAAGUUGUGGGGAUCGUCGAUCAGCUGGAAGACAUAAGAAGCCUGUUCCCAGGCUGGAAUUUCUACCACGGUCCAGAUCUAAGUAUUACCAGCUGGGCGAAUCUCAAUACUUACGAGGCCGAUUUUGGCGAGUACUUGGGACGGCCAGGUCUGGUUAGGGUGUCGUAUGCGGAAUUCGAUGGUCUCUGUAUAAUUCUGCCAAGGAGAAGAACUCAACACAGUGGGGGUGGGCAGGAUGUUAUAGAGGUCAUUAUUAGGUUGCAGGCUGAUGAUCUAGCGCGAUUACAAGAGGAUGAGGUCUGGAAAACCUGGGCAGUAUAG